AUGUCUCGCAGGGGAAAGAAAUCUAGGGCCCCCGUUGGUAUUUCUACUCCUACGGAGAGAUCAUCUGCUUCCGCACCACAGACUUCGGCGGGGGGGUCGGGUAUCCAUGAGCCACCACACGAGGUUGCUGUGAGGUUUGCCGACCUACCAGGGGAUCAUAAUAGUCCUCUCUACUCCUUCAAAACAUUUGAAGACCUAGGAGUUUCCAAGGAGCCUCUUGAGGCCAGCACUUCCGCUCCUUUUAUCAGGCUCCCCCUGAAAUGGGAUUGGUUAAUCACAACCUGGGACUCGGAAAACCGCGGCAUUCGUUUUGGAAACUUUGACUUGUCUCAGUUGGCUAUCCCGGAUAUGGUCCUACGUGGUCAGGGGAACGAUGCACAUAUUAUUGUUAGGAUACUUGGCAUGGCCCUUGACUUGAUUCGUGGGAAGCAAUUGGCUGUAGAACAUCUUAAGGGUGUUGUGCUCGAUGAGACGGAUAAUAUGCUUGAUCUACGAGGCGUUGGAGAACAGUGUCUCCGUGUGAAACAGAAUAUAGCCUCUAGCACCCAGAUCGCCUUACUCCUCACAUCAUUUCUUGACUAG